CAUUGUCAGUUUUCACAAAUUUUACAAUGACAUAUUGAAUCAACCCAGCUGUGAGAUUAAUAAAAAUUGCGUCGUAUCGUAAUUAAAGUAAUCCUUAUUGAGAGUGUUGUGUAUUCUAAAUUUAUAUUUUCUUUGUAAUAUCAAUAGCAAAACCAGGAAAAAAUGGCAUACGCCUACUUGUUUAAAUACAUCAUCAUUGGCGACACAGGUGUGGGCAAGUCAUGUUUACUGCUGCAGUUUACAGACAAGAGAUUCCAACCAGUACAUGAUCUCACUAUUGGUGUGGAAUUUGGUGCCCGCAUGAUUACAAUUGAUGGCAAACAAAUCAAACUACAGAUCUGGGACACUGCUGGCCAGGAGGCAUUCAGGUCAAUAACUCGGUCAUACUAUAGAGGUGCGGCUGGUGCACUUCUAGUUUAUGACAUAACUAGACGGGAUACCUUCAACCAUUUGACAACUUGGCUUGAAGAUGCCCGGCAGCAUUCUAACUCCAAUAUGGUCAUCAUGUUAAUUGGUAACAAGAGUGAUCUGGAAUCUCGACGUGAAGUAAAGAAAGAGGAAGGGGAAGCAUUUGCACGUGAACAUGGACUUGUGUUCAUGGAGACAUCAGCCAAGACUGCAGCAAAUGUUGAAGAGGCCUUCAUCAACACUGCAAAAGAGAUUUAUGAGAAAAUACAAGAAGGCGUUUUUGAUAUCAACAAUGAGGCGAACGGCAUCAAGAUCGGUCCGCAGCACUCGACGGGCGGUGGCGCGGGCGGCGCGGGGGGUGCGGGCGCGGGCGCGGCGGGCGGCGGCUGCUGUUAGGUGCUGCGCUGCACACACUGAGGCGGACAGGCUGGCCACUAGCAGGCUUGGCGGAGGGGGAGUGCAGCUGUGUGCAACAUACGUUGGUCGGAAACUUACCGUGUGCCGGAUUUACUAGGAUAUGUAUGCUAUAGAAUAUGUUGCAUGUCUAUUCAAUAUAAUUUUAAUAAUGCCACUCCGGCAAAAGAUUUCGUAAAAUCAUUUCAUAUGUGCUUACAACGCGACUUUUAGUAUUUAAAACUAGUUUUUAUACACAUCUGGUAAUUUGAAUAUUACAAAUUACAAAAUUUGUGUUUUCUAUUCAACAUUUUAAAUACUUGUUAGACAGACUUAUAUAGAUUUGAUUCAAAAUUAACAGUCUUAUAAUCUUAUAAGUGUUUAUUUACAUUGUAGAUGCAGUUUCUCGUCUUAUAUAGUACAUAAUCGUAAGAUAUAAAUGUUAAGACAUAAGUUUUAAAUCAUAUUGUGUAACAGGUCUUGAAUAAUACACAAAUAUUACAUAGGACCAGGAAUGGAAAAUUAGCUGUAUAUGUUGUUUUUAAAAGCUUUUAAGUCUUGUAUGCUUAUGUACUAUGUGUUUGUAAAUCUUCGUCAAAAAUAUAAAAACAAAUAUUUGAAAUUCAAAUACAAUUCAAAAUAUGUCAAACCAGACUAUGUUAAUAUGUUUAAAUAUUUGUCAAAGAUAAUAAAACAGAUCCUGGAAUAUCUCUUUGUAUCAGUUUAGGCAAUUAUUUAUUGAUACAAUUUUUCAUUUUCAGAGUGCAAUAUUUUACUUAUUAGUUUAAAAAUGUUACAGAAUUUCUUAUUUUUAAAAGCUAAUUUGACAUGAUUUAUAUUUGUGAAGCACCACUUACUUGAGAAUUUCUGUAUGAGAAUGCUAUUUUUUCUAUUAUUUGAAUCAUUUUACAUAUAAUACAUAAUUUUAAAAAUAGUUUGUUUUAAAUAAAUUUCAAGUCUUAAAUGUAGAGACACUAUUCUUUAUAGUUUUAAGUUAUAACAAUAACACAAAAUGAAAUUGCUGUGAUGACAUUAUGUAAUUCCAGUGAAUUACAUAAAAGUAUGUACUAACCUAUUUUACCUUUUUAGUACCUUAUUUAAUAAAAUAAUGAACCUGUUUGCUAUAAUUGUAUUUAAUGUUCUUAAAUGACAAACUUGUGAAGGCCUAUAGAAGUUUUGCACAAGAACAAUUUGAAAUGUUUUUUAAUGUAAAAAAAUAUAGCAAAGGCAUAUUGCUGAAGGACUGCUUGCAAUUCAACAGGACAUGAUUACAAGAAAUAGUUUAUGUUUAAGUUUAGCAGAAAACUAAUAUAUAAGGUUACAUUAUGCAAACACAUUUGUAAAGCGUAAUCCAUGAAAAUAAAUGUUAUAAUAUUCA